GGCGGUGCACGCACACCUGGGCGGGGCGCGGGCCGCGCUGCGUCCGAAGCGGCUCCGACGCCGUCGCUGGGCCCAAGAUGGACCUCCCGGCGCUGCUCCCCGCCCCGACCGCGCGCGGAGGGCAACAUGGCGGUGGCCCCGGCCCGCUCCGCGGAGCCCCAGCGCCGCUCGGCCCGAGCCCCGCGCGCCGCCGCCUGCUAUUGGUGCGGGGCCCCGAAGAUGGCGGGCCCGGGGCGCGGCCCGGGGAGGCCUCCGGGCCGAGCCUGCCGCCCGUCGAGGACGACAGCGACGGCGACUCGUUCUUGGUGCUGCUGGAAGUGCCGCACGGCGCCGCCGCCGCCGAGGCUGCCGGAUCACAGGAGGCCGAGCCUGGCUCCCGUGCCAACCCGGCUAGCCGCCCGGAGCAGGGCCCCAGCGGCCCGGCCGCCGCCCCCGGCCCUGGCGUAGCCCCGGCGGGCGCCGUCACCAUCAGCAGCCAGGAUCUGCUGGUGCGCCUCGACCGCGGCGUUCUCGCGCUGUCUGCGCCGCCCGGCCCCGCAAGCGCGGGCCCCGCCGCGCCCCGUCGCGCGCCCCAGGCCUCCGGCCCCAGCACGCCCAGCUACCGCUGCCCCGAGCCGCAGUGCGCGCUGGCCUUCGCCAAGAAGCACCAGCUCAAGGUGCACCUGCUCACGCACGGCGGCGGUCAGGGCCGGCGGCCCUUCAAGUGCCCGCUGGAGGGCUGCGGUUGGGCCUUCACAACGUCCUACAAGCUCAAGCGGCACCUGCAGUCGCACGACAAGCUGCGGCCCUUCGGCUGUCCGGUGGGCGGCUGUGGCAAGAAGUUCACUACGGUCUAUAACCUCAAGGCGCACAUGAAGGGCCACGAGCAGGAGAGCCUGUUCAAGUGCGAGGUGUGCGCCGAGCGCUUCCCCACGCACGCCAAGCUCAGCUCCCACCAGCGCAGCCACUUCGAGCCCGAGCGCCCUUACAAGUGUGACUUUCCCGGCUGUGAGAAGACAUUUAUCACAGUGAGUGCCCUGUUUUCCCAUAACCGAGCCCACUUCAGGGAACAAGAGCUCUUUUCCUGCUCCUUUCCUGGGUGCAGCAAGCAGUAUGAUAAAGCCUGUCGGCUGAAAAUUCACCUGCGGAGCCAUACAGGUGAAAGACCAUUUAUUUGUGACUCUGACAGUUGUGGCUGGACCUUCACCAGCAUGUCCAAACUUCUAAGGCACAGAAGGAAACAUGAUGAUGACCGGAGGUUUACCUGCCCUGUCGAAGGCUGUGGGAAAUCAUUCACGAGAGCAGAGCAUCUGAAAGGCCACAGCAUAACCCACCUAGGCACAAAGCCAUUCGAGUGUCCUGUGGAAGGAUGUUGCGCAAGGUUCUCCGCUCGUAGCAGUCUGUACAUUCACUCUAAGAAACACGUGCAGGAUGUGGGUGCUCCGAAAAGCCGUUGCCCGGUCUCUACCUGCAACAGACUCUUCACCUCCAAGCACAGCAUGAAGGCGCACAUGGUCAGACAGCACAGCCGGCGCCAAGAUCUCUUACCUCAACUAGAAGCUGCAAGUUCUCUUACUCCCAGCAGUGAACUCAGCAGCCCAGGCCAAAGCGAGCUCACUAACAUGGAUCUUGCCGCGCUCUUCUCUGACACACCUGCUAAUGCUAGUGGUUCUGCAGGUGGGUCGGACGAGGCUCUGAACUCCGGAAUCCUGACUAUUGACGUCACUUCUGUGAGCUCGUCUCUGGGAGGGAACCUCCCUGCUAGUAAUAGCUCCCUAGGGCCAAUGGAACCCCUGGUCCUGGUGGCCCACAGUGAUAUUUCCCCGAGCCUGGACAGCCCUCUGGUUCUCGGGACAGCAGCCACGGUUUUGCAGCAGGGCAGCUUCAGUGUGGAUGACGUGCAGACUGUGAGUACAGGAGCAUUAGGCUGUCUGGUGGCUCUGCCCAUGAAGAACUUGAGUGACGACCCACUGGCUUUGACCUCCAGUAGUAACUUAGCAGCACACAUCACCACACCGACCUCUUCAAGCACCCCCCAAGAAAAUGCCAGUGUCCCGGAACUGCUGGCUCCAAUCAAGGUGGAGCCGGACUCGCCUUCUCGCCCAGGAGCAGCUGGGCAGCAGGAAGGAAGCCAUGGGCUGCCCCAGUCCACGUUGUCCGGCCCAGCAGAGCGGCACGGUGCCCAGGACACAGAGCUCAGUGCAGGCACCGGCAACUUAUAUUUGCUGUGUGGCGUUGGGCUACCUCGCUUCUCUGAGUACAAAUGGUGUGUGGUGAAUGGGUCCCAGGAGAGUGGGGGCUCAGCAAGAACUGAUUACCGAGCCAUUCAACUAGCCAAGGAAAAAAAGCAGAGAGGAGCGGGGAGCAAUGCAGGAGCCUCACAGUCUACUCAGAGAAAAAUAAAAGAAGGCAAAAUGAGUCCUCCCCAUUUCCACGCAAGCCAGAGCAGUUGGUUGUGUGGGAGCCUUGUGGUGCCCAGCGGAGGACGGCCAGGACCAGCUCCAGCUGCUGGGGUGCAGUGCGGGACGCAGGGCAUCCAGGUCCAGCUGGUGCAGGAUGACCUCUCCAGCGAAGGUGUCCUGCCCUCAACCCGCGGCCCAGCCGCCUUCCUCCCCUUCCUCACUGUGGACCUGCCCGUCUACGUCCUCCAGGAGGUGCUCCCCUCAUCUGGAGGCCCUUCUGGACCGGAGGCCACCCAGUUCCCAGGAAGCACUAUCAACCUGCAGGACCUGCAGUGAUGGCAGCCUCGGCCUGGGCAGGCCCAAGGCCGUGGUCUAGGACUCACCUUCCCUGAGAGUCAGAUGACAUGAGCCUGGGGAGACCUCAUUUGGUUUCCAUUCAGAAGAGACCAGCAGAGCCCUUUUGAGACUUUUGGGUACAUUUAUCAAAAAGGUUUUCCUUUUGUUUUACCAGGAACGAGUUCUGCUGUACUCUUUGAAACUGCCUUUGUGAGCAAAGUGCUUUGGCAAGACAAGGGUCUCCCUCAGCAGGGCUGGGUGCACAACAGCCCCUUUCCCCGUGUCCCAUUGAUCUGAGCUGUGUAGCACUUGUUGCAUUACAAAGAAAAAGACUUCUGCAGGAAAUAGGGUAAAGAACAGACUCUCUAGUCAGAUGCAACUUGAUCUGUGGCAAAACCAAGUGGGGUCUUUCAGCUUCAGUGUGUUAGCAUCCCAGCACCUGGGAUGGGGUUUGUGGGAAAGGUGGUUUUGCCACACUGUAGGACCCAGGAGGUCCCAUUGCCACAGUGAAGCCAAAUUCUAGCCCAAGUCUGGCAGAGCAGUUGGGCAGCUAGUUUUUUGGGGAGAAUGAUGUGGUGGGACAGAGGACCUCAGUGGCCUAUUACAGAGCCCUCUUCCCAGACUAAAUUCAUAGCUGAGAGCUUGGGGGUAUAGUAGAGUGAAAAUUUUAAGUAAUUUUCUAAAUUCUGUAUUUGGGUGUUAAUGUCUAAAUGGCAAUUUGAUAAUAGUUUAUAAAGUGAUGUUUUGAAUACCAUAAAUUACGUGUAGGACUGUGA